AAAUACACUGGAACAGGUGACACCUAUAAAUAGCGCUUUGGAGUGUGUGUGUUAGUGUGUGUGACGGUGGGGGAGGGCCGGUGGGGGGGGAGUUCAGCUAUGAAACAAACACUGUGCUGCUGCUUCGUCUUAUGACUCCAACACUGACACAUUUCUCAGAAGGAUGGAUGCAGCUGAUGAAAUGGAUGAAGAUGAACUUCUGGACUUUGAUGUUCAGAUGAGCAUACAGGAGUCGUGUCAGAGAGGACAUCUAACAGGAUCAAGUACAUUCAGGAGUGAAGCUCUGAGGCUUGUGGAGGCCAUUAAACAAGGUGACAUGUUGGCACUGCAGGAGCUCUGUGACUUCCCAGCAGCCUUCAGUCAGGUGGAUGAGUGUAGCUGGUAUCCUCUGCACAGGGCAGCGGUCCAACCACUGGUGCUAGUCCUGGAGACGGUGCUGUACGCGUCUUUCAAUCUGACGCUGGAGGAAAAGACCUCAGACGGUGAGACCUUCCUGACUUUAGCAGUGGGAGCUGGUUUGGUGAAAAACGUGAAGAUGCUACUGGAUCACGGAGCUUCUCCUCACACUACCAACGGCAAGAGUGAAUCCCCUCUGCUUUUAGCAGUCAGAGCCGGAUGUUAUGAAAUGGUUUCCGUUCUAAUAGCUGGAGGAGCUCGGGUGGAGCAGGUGUGUCAGAAGAAGUGGACAGCCAUGCAUGAGGCCUCCAGGGCUGGCUGUGUUCAUGUUGUGGAGCUCCUGUUGCAGAACGGAGGUCAGGUUUCAGAGACUGACCAGCAUGGAGUGACUCCUCUGGGCAUUGCUGCGGAAUACAGCCACCCUGAUGUCCUGGAGCUUCUAAUCCAACACGGUGCUGAUGUAAACGCCCAGGCACCAAAUGGUGACAGCGUCCUGUACGAUGCAGCAGGUUCGGGGAAUCCAGACUGUAUUGACAUCCUGCUGCAGCACGGAGCCAACCCCAACAUCCGCAACCUCAGCUCCCAGCUGCCCAUCCACCACGCCGCAUACGAAGGACACUACCUAGCUUUGAGGAUUUUGAUCCCGAUCACCACUAGACGGGCCCUGCGGCUGUCUGGCCACAGCCCGGUCCACUCCGCUGCUGACGGAGGCCAUGUCCACUGCCUGGAGCUCUUGCUGCAGAAAGGUUUCGAUGUCAACGCGCUGUUAGCUCCUUACAUCUCAGAAAAUUAUGGAGACAUGAGGAGAAGCCCUCUGUACUUUGCUGUCUCCAACGGGGACGCAACCUCCACUGAGAUUCUGCUGAAGUGGGGAGCCAAACCAGACCUGGACUCACUGCGCUGCCUCCUAGUGGCGGUCAGGUCUGGCCGCUACGAGAUCGUGAAGCAGCUGCUGGCGGCCAAGGCAGACGUGAACUGUUACUUUACGGUGGUGAACGACACAGUGUUUCCCACGGCGCUGCAGUACUGUCUGAAGGACGAGGUGAUGAUGAGGCUGCUGCUCAACAAUGGCUAUAAUGCUGAGAAGUGUUUCUGUUGUAACCAUGACGACGACUGGGAGGAACUGAGUGAGUCUGAUUACUCGCAGCAUCAGGAGGAAAAAGUUGCAUUUUGUGAUUUCGUCAGCGUCUCUUGGCUGGCCAACCUGGUGGGCAGGGUCGUGUCGAUCCUCCUCGACUAUGUCGGCCCGGUUUCUCUCUGUGGCAAACUAACAAAGAUCCUGAAAAAACACAAGGAAUGGCCUCACAUUCACGGGACCACAAGUAACCCUCGCUCCCUGUGUCACCUGAGCAGAGUGGUCAUCAGAAAACACCUAAGCUGCAGUGGUCUGAUGUCCGUCCAGCUGCCCAACAGACUAAAGGACUACCUGUUGUUCAAAGAGAACGACCUGUACGCCAAAAUCAUCUGCAGGGAGGACUGAGAGGACGAUGAUUUCUAUCUUAUCUACUGAGUCUUAAAUGACAGUAAUGACUUUGUGUUUGUUUCUUUUUUUCCUUUUGUGGGUAAUGUAACUGGGCCUGUAUUUGUCAAACAUCUAAGAAUUACACUUAAGAAUGCCCUAAAGAGCCAACAUUGGAGUAAAGGAGACUGAGCAAUAAUUUUACAUUUGGGUGUAAAAAUAACCUUUAAGAGCAACUUUAAAGCUAUCACAUGGUGCAUCACAUGUGUGCUUUGAGCAGUAACAGCCAAACAGAGACAAGUGGCGUGUCCUAUGUGACAGACUCAGUCUAAGCUGGUUUUUAGUGUGUUCACACUGGAAAAGUAACACAUUUAAUUAAGCAUUCUCAAACCAAACAUAGUGCAAACUAAAUAUAGUGGAUUUUUGAGUAUGCUGUUAAUGGACACCAUUCUCCUACAAUGCAUUGCCGGGCGGCUGUGGCUCAGAGGCAGAGCGGGUCUAACCUAACACUAAAACUAACCCACUAAUCGAAAGGUUGUUAGUUCGAUCCUCGGCUCCUCCUGCCACAUGUCGAGGUAUCCUUGAGCAAGAUACUGAACCCCAGAUUGCUCCCUAUGCUGUGGAUUGGUGUGUGAAUGUGUAUGAAUGAGUUAGUUUCUGUUCGAUGGGCUUUGUGUGUGAAAGGGUGAAUGUGGCACGUAGUGUAGAGGUGUUUUACAAGAAAGAUGCUAUACAAGUACAGGUCCAUUUACCAUUUACCAUUACCACAAAGCAAAUGGAGGAUCUGCUGACAGCAGAAAAAAAAAAAAAAUGGUGGUUGAGGAUAAAACAGCUUCUGGAGAGUCAGUGUUAGCAUAACUGUUCUUAGCACACCUGAUAAAUGCAAAAACAAAACAAAACAAGUUGUUUAACAUCCCAAAAAAUCUUUGAAUCAAAUCAAUUAAAUAAUGGACUACCCUAUUCUGAAAUAUUCAUAUUGCCUCAGGUCAUGUAUUAUUCUCUGUGACCAAUGAUAUUUUAUACAUUUAAGCUUCUCAGACUGCAGCCGACCAACUUCAGACACAUCUGGUGCUCUCUCAAAUUUAAGAUUUUAUUUCUUAAAUAGGUGAGGAUUUAGUUGCAUCUUUCAUCUUUUCAGAAGUUUGAGAUUGCAACUAACUGAACACUGCUCAUGUUUGUAUUUGACAACCUGGGAAUGAGAACGGGCAGUGAAGUGUGUAGGAGAAACUAUGGUGGCUGUGAAACUCGCAAAAAAUGUGAAAGUCCCUAUUUACAGUCAGUGUUUGGUUUGUCCCUUCUGGGCUGCUGUAGAAAGAUGGCGGUUCAACAUGGGGGACUCCAUGGAAGGCAACCCAUGGCUCAUUCUAAGGUAAUGAAAACACAAUGAUAUAUUCAGGUAAUUAUACACUAAUGGAAACAUACCUAUGAAUAUAAGAUUCCAUUUCUGCCAACAGAUCCUCCUAAAUGUUACACACUGGACUUUUAGGUUUGCGAGCAAUAGUAAAAGAUUUGUAGUUAAAGCUUCUUUUAAAUUUAUGAGUUUGAUGAAUACAGGCCCAGAUCUGUAACUGUGACUGUAAAUGUUUUUUUUAACCCUGUUUCAAAGGGGCAUUAACUAAGAUUCUUUUUGUCCUGGCUGUUGUACAAAAUAACCAUAAAAUAUCUGCAGUUAGUUACUGAUCAAUCAUUCAUCACUGAGUGAUGCACUCUAGUAUCCUGGUUAUGAACAGGUUUUUAGAGUAUUCUAGUAAAGUUUUGUGCAUUUAAACAGCUUAUUCUGGUUUCAGAAACCUGGAUACUGUGGCAUGCAAACACCAGGUUUCUGAAAAUUCUCUGUUGGUACAGAUAGUGAGACAUCAAAACACAGCUGCAGGCAGACAAUCAAAAACCUGGAUACUUUUAUGACCAUGUUUACAGGGAUAUAAAUAACCAACACCAUAUCCCCAAUACGAUCAAAAACAGCAUGAGACUCAAAACCAGGACGCUUGCAUGCAUGUGAACACAAUGACUGUGUCAGAUCACUCAGAUUUCUGGGACUCAAGUGUUGGAGGAAGGAGCCUCUUUGCUGUAACUUUGUGAAAAUAUAACAGACCAGGUGAUGUUUAGACUGUAAGCAGAUUGGGCUCUUACAUACUGUAAAUGAUCAAAUAAAAACCAGAAUGUAAAUAAUGUUCAGGAUAAAAGUAAAACUUACUCUGUGCACAGAGGUUUCACAUUAAAAGCCUUCCAGUGGCUCAAAGGGCAUACUUCCUACUGUCCCUGGUAGACCUUUAAAAGAGUGCACCACUGAUUCAGCAUUACACAUAAAAUUGUCGUACUCACAAUGGACAGUAAAAAAAACUAAAAAUGUAGCCUUGGUCGCCAGCCUGAAGCAGAGAAGGGGCGGCCACAGAGAUGUGGUUAGCUAACUUCUUUCUGGCUUCACACACUCAAAUUUGUUCAAUUUUAAACUUUAAACUGAUGCUGACACAAAUAACAUCACUUGAAUUUUUCACAUAUGCAGUAAUACUCCCCAAGAGAUGUAGGCCUACUUAGACUCUAAUGUGUAGAAUUGUUGAGUUUCAUUAACAGUGACUGAAAAAUCAGCAAAGGAGAAGGGAUGAAUCAGAGAAUGAAAAUAGAAAAGUGUUAAACAGAGAAAGUGUUUUUAGCAGAGUGGGGAGAAUGAAAUGACUUUGUUGUAAUGAUGGAAUUAGUGCUCAGUAAAUGUACAAUAUACCAAAUUUAUCGAGAUACACACAGGGAACUGUUAUGUUUGUAUCAAAUUAGAAAUAAAGACCUGUUUCUAAUAAGCCUGUUUCAAAUAAAGGCCUGGUUCUCCUGCAGUGGAGGUAAAUAAAGUCCUGGCUACUAUUUGAGAAUUAUCAGUAUUGAGCAAUAGGUUUCUACUGCCACAUAUCCUACAGUUGGAAAUACAUUUGUACUGUAAUUUAUUAAACUUUUGUGUUAUUAUGAUUA